UGUAAGGUGGCCCCCCAAAUUUGGAAAAUAAAAAAAUAAUUUGAAACGUUUUUUGAUAUAAAUAAUGGGUUGAGGAAAAAUUUCUAAACCUAAAUUUUGCAGAUAUUGAUGUUGUUUUAACAAUAUUAAUUAAAACAUUUUACCCCCCUCCCCCCCUCCCCUCGCUCGCCAACAAUUUUGGGAAAAAAUAGGGCCCCCGAAUUUCUUUGAUAGGCCCAGCGUAUCACUACCAUUUGAAAGAGCAACAUCGUGUUUGCGAUGCCGAUUACCUAAGUUUUCUUAAUACUAUAAGGAAAUGAGUCCGAGUCAGCAAUUACUAGAUCAGAUACAGGAUGGUAAUGUUAUAAGUAAAUCAGACACAGUGACCGAUGACUUUUUGCAUGCUUAUCAUUCAAAUCCUGACAACACGGUUUUGACCUUUACCAAAAAUGGCGCUAAGCUACGUCAAAAACAUUAUAAUUAAGGCCAUUUUCAAUGAGCUACAGCCAUUGGCACAUGCACAGCUGGAUUGCGCGUAGUUAUAACCCAAAAUAAAGAUAAGCCAAAUGGUAUAGUCAAUGGCCAAACAGCUGUUCUUCACAUUGACAAGACUAAUUUUUAGACCAGUUCUGGUUGUUUCUGGUGACUACGCUCAACAGCAACCAUUAAAAAAUUAACAAAUCGCAAAGUCAAGUUUCCAGUCCAUUUAACAACCAAUCUUUCCUAGCUUCUAUUUACCAGUACAUCCUGAAUGGACAACAUAGAGUUGGUGAUAGUGACUACUUAUCAUUUCUCAAUCACAUCAGGCACUGGAUUCCCACUGAGGCUUUGCUACAGCAAGUCCAGGAAGGACGAGUAUAAGUAUUGUGUCCAGAUGGUGUAGUACACCCACAUCGAGUCAUUUCGAGCCAAUCCUGACUCUACUCUUUUAACUUUUACUAAUGACUUUUUCUUACCCCUCUCAAAAGUUGCUUGUUCAAGCCUGUCCGCAUCUGUUCUGAACAACAGUUCAAACAUUUUAAUUUUUCUUCCAGAAAAGAAAUCACUAUCCUUUUAUCUCGUACACCAUUUUUGACAUAAUCAUGGCACACACCGAACAAUAAUUGUGUAGAUAUAUUCCUAUAUUGCACAUAUUAUGCUGUUAUUUCUUCUAUUUCCUUUAUCCUACUGUAAUAUUUACAAGGCAUUUUCCAACUUUUAAAAUUAAAAUAUUAGUAAAAAUGGCAGUAUUAUGACAAUAAAUUAACAACAAAGUUAAUGAUGCAUUUGCAUCAAUGUUUCAACUUCCACAUUCCAUUACCACAUAGCACGCACACUGUACUUGCAUUCGAUUCUGAAUGUUUCUUCUCCUUAUCUCUACAGAUGUACAAGCAAAACAAGCGUACUCCUGAAAAACCGAAAGCUGUCAGUUAUUUUAACCAAUUCCCAUCCAAUUUUUUAAAACCGUAUGGAAAGGCGGAUUCCGCCCCAGAUGACGAUGUAAUCUCCAGGCGAACAAACCCCAUUUCCUGAGAGUGGUUACUCCGGCCACGAGCGAAUUUGCGGAAACAAUCACAGAAAACCUACAGUUGCUUCAAGAUGACAACCUUGCACUGCUGAACACGUCAAAGUUCGCCAGCAUAUCGGACAGCGUAGCACCUAUGCUUGAUGCUCUUUCAUCUUUAAACACCAAAACAGAACUAGUUUCAAGUAAACAAGACAUCAACACGGUAAUGACCUAUCUAUACGAUAAUUAACAAGAAUUGGACAAGUCCAUCGAAGAAAUGUUUGUUGUUGGCGGAGCAAUGUUCAGCACUGCAAUCCAAUACAUCGUGGCCCGAUCCAUUAUCAGUCAGCCUACAAAGUUCGCUGAGAAACUGGUAUUGGAGAACGAAAGCACAAAAGAUUUCAAGAGAGAAAAAGAUGUCAAAGCUCUUCGUUGCUUGCUCGUACAGGAAUGCUUAGGCAAUUCCACACAAACUCCAGCCAAAGUUCAAAGUCACACCCAAGACGAGCCCUCCUCCAGCAGCUACAAGAUGAUAGUGACGAUGAUGUGCCCCAACAACCAACCACACACCUCCCCAAAGACAGCCAAGAGGACCAUACUUGAAGAUACCAAUAAAUCACCACAAGAAAUUGAAGAAACCGCUGCCCCCAAGCGUAAGAAAUCGAACAAGAGCAAGACAAAUGAAUCACCACAAGAAAUUGAAGAAACCGCUGCCCCCAACUGUAAGAAAUAAAAAAAGAGCAAGACCAAUGAAUCACCACAAGAAGUUGAAGAAACCGCUACCCCCGAGCAUCACAAAUAAAACCCCCCCAAGAAAUCCGAGAAGUGAAUGAAGUACCAUCCGACCAGCAACUAAGAAUCACUUUGACAUUAACGGCAAGUUUCUCCUGGUAUAUAUUUUUUAUAUUACUACUACUAAACACUUCUGGUAAUUUUAUAUUAUGUUGACAGGACUGAAAGUAAUAAGCACAUGAGAAAUAUACUUACAAUAUAGUUUUAUUAUAACGGCUUUGGCACCCUUUAUAAGCCCAUCCUAAACAUUCACAUUUCACCUGAACCUUAGUAGGCAGUAGGAAACUAAGUAGGAAAAUGAAAUAAGCAUAAUUCAAAUCAGUGAACUGAAUGUUUUUAAACAUUUUUAACGUUAAAAACAUUGACAGUUCAGUGGUUUUUAAUUAUGCUCAAUUCAUUUCUUAUAAUUUUUUCCUAUUAAAAAGACAAGGCUUAACUGUGCCUUUUAACACACUAUGACAUUAUAUUAUAUUUCUCAAGUUACGAAUCCUCUUUUGUAAAUAUUUCUUAAUAUUAUUGUAAACAAGCUCUUUACUGCUCGAACAGCCAAACCCAGUCGCUUUUGCAUAGUUUUAUUGUUUUUAAAUUAAGCUAACCCAAUGGCCACCGCAUUAUUUUUAAUUAUGCCGCCUCGAUACCUAACUGAAAAAUGGUAAGUCAUAAUAAUUUCUAGUCACUGAUUUACCUUAAUUUCGAAACAUUAAAAAUAUGCAAAAGUGGCCUCGGUUUCCCUGUUCAACAUUAAACCUUCCAGUUAUCUUGUUAUAUCUUGUUAGAAACAUAUCAAAUAUAUAUGAAUGACACAUAGACCACUUCGUUCCUUGACAUACAUAAAGACAUAACACAUCCAUUCAUCAAGUAAUUUCCCGAUUCUAAAUUUCCCUCAGCAACAAACGUCCCUCGCACUUCAUAUUUCGUUCUUCGACAAAAUUAAUGUCAACCCACACCACAUACCUGCAACAACUAGAAAGGAUGUUCCUUAUCUAAAAGUCCUUUUAGCGACGCAAACUACGUAUUUCCCCCUUUCAGAUACGUUCGUGAAUUAAGAAACCAGGGUUCUACUCCUUUUACUCCUUCAAUCUUCCGUUCUAACCAUUUCAAUCACACUGGUUUCACCUUACAUUUUUUCGCUGUUGAUAUGGUCAUGCAAAUUUCAGCAGGACAAUAUCGAACUAUACAGCCAGCAACUCCACCAAGGUAAGGUGGGUUUAUUUCACCUUACGAAUGGACAUUUCUAAUGGCCUACUAGAUUCACAACAUCAGAAGUGCGUUUAGCAAAGGGCCAGCUCAUUUGGCAGGAUAUGAAACUAUGAAUAUGGCGCAUAUAUCGAAACUUACCGGGAGUAUUGAACAAAAUUUAAAAUCUUUGUUGGGCCACUACUACGAAUUAAUUAGUGAAAAGAAGAUGAAAAGACUCCUCCAAUCCACUGACCCGUUAUUAAAUAUUGUCUCUCUUCUUUAGGUGUACAAACUACGAACAAACACUCCCGAAAGUCCGAAAGCAGUCCACUUCUUUCAACACUUCCCAUCAAACAUCUUGCGUCGCUAUACCGACUCCCAGCCAUCCGUGGCGACCCUAAUGCGCCGCAUUAA